UGUAUCCUAGGAGCAAACUCUAACAAUUAAGAAAUAAUGGAAUAAUGCUUCAAGAUAGAAGAAAUAAAGAAUAAUACUUUUCUAGAUGAAAUUCACAGCGAUCGACAAGAAUCUGCACGCUUGCGAUUUGACAACAAUAAAUCGGGACAACUUGAACUUAACGAAGCAAGUUACAGUAAUACAUGCGAACCUAAACUCGGAUGCGAGUAUCGAAGUUUUGAGCAGCUCGAAUGGUGCCGAUAAUGUGCAUUUAAAUUCAAAACUAUUCGAUUUUGUGAUCAGUAAUCCGCCAUACGUGCCAACAAAGCAGAUCCCGGAACUGCAGCCUGAUCUAAGGAUUUAUCAGGAUCCCAGGGCACUGGAUGGCGGCGACGAUGGACUGAAGGUGAUCAAGUCGGUCUUAAAAUAUGCUGCCAAAGCAUUAAAACCUGGCGGACGUCUCUUCAUGGAGGUUCAUCCUACUCAUCCGGAACAUAUACAAUCUUUUACAAAUAACUAUCCCGAUUUAAAGCUCUAUCAUGAACAUUCAUACAAAGAUUCUUGUAAUAACGAUCGAAUCGUGGAAGUAGUGAAAGUUAUUUGAAAAAGCAAUUCUUGACUCUACAUUCGUUAUAUUACUUUGUAUAUAUGUUUUACAUAAUUAUUUUGUAAAAUUG